AUGACUUCAAACGGCCAGACUGAGAAAGCAAAUACUGGGAGAAGACAACGACUGGCAAUAGAAGCGAACCGCUACGAGAGCUUAGGGGAUAACGAACAAGUAAGGUCGCUAUCUUCACUGCCUACUGCGUCUAACGUUGUACAGCCCAACCAGGAGUUAGCCCACAAGAAUAAUGUUGACCAAGAAGAAACAAUAGACGACCCCGAAUCUAGACCCAAGGCUCCCCUUCCGAAACGUCCAAUGCCCAACUUCACCUAUCCUGACCCCCUCGAUCAGUCGAGGAACCCUACAUUAGGAGACAUGUACCCCUACGGCAAGACAAACAAGCAAGGAGACGAACCGGCAACCAAACCAGCUGGCUUUGCCCAUCCGUUCACAGACCAACUCUUCUCCAUGCCUGUAAUGUCGAGGAGCCGCCUGCUGGAGAAUGUACAUGUCAUGCAGAGAAGGACAAUUGAGGAGAACCCCCCCAACUACCUUGCAAUUGGUAUCGACAUCCCAGGUAUGGGCGCCCUAGAUCUGAUCCCUGCAAGAGAAGCCAGAAGUAAGGAUGAGUACUUCGCCCCCCCAGCACCUCUCUUCCUAACCAAAUUCUCCACCUCGCUUCGCGAUUUCCUACUGUGGCAAGGGGUCUUUCCUCUCCAGGAAGAAGGCGCAACCUUCCGUGUCUACUCGCUAGAAAGCGACACACCCAACUGGUACUGGGGAAAGUUCCAUGGCCCGGCAGUGAUAGCUGGAGGAGAGGCGAAGAAACUCGAAGCCCUUGCGGCCUUCAAGCAGAAGCUGUGGAGCAGUCCGCGAGUACAAGAGGUGGUUAACAACUUUCGGAAGGCCAAUCCGCAAGCCAAACUCACCAAGACGACUCCCACCCUUGCCCAUACCAUGGUCGCCAUCACAGAAUCUCUUCGAAUCCUCUACCUUGAGCCCGACACCCACCGAAGCUUGGGACGAACUCCGGACGAAGAAAAACAUCACUAUGUGGUGGUGGGGCUUCCAAUAUCGAAUCAUCCAGCGGAACAGAGAGCACUUAAGAUAGCAAUCAGCCAGAUCAAGGAGAUCCAAGUAGGAAUGCGAACGAUGAAGCCAAGCACCCUGAACAUCGGCACUGCCCAGACCCCCACGUUGGGGAAGGAUGGCUUGGGCCCUCCCUUCAGAAGCUCGAUGAAAUUGCAAAGAAUGCAAAGAAAUGGGGAGAUGGGAAGAGAGGCAAACAAACCCGCGGAAAGGACCGGCCUACCUUCAGUCAGAGCAGGGGUAGAGGAAGAGGAGUGUCCAGAGGACGACGCGGAAGUGGCAGCCGAGGAAAUCAGCGAGGCAGAGGAGACCACCGUGACUACUAUCCCCAUGCUGACCACCGCGAGAUACAUACGCAAAGCCUUGACUACACCUACGGGAGUCACUCGCAGAGCUCGGGGUGGGACUGAUGAGCAAUAUCGAGAGACAAUUUAA